GCGAGUUUGGAACACCUCGAUACCGCGCUUGUGCUGCGCCUCGCGCGAGCGUCACAUCAUCGCCCGGCGUUCGCCCCUCGUCAGCCCUCCGUCGUCCGAAGGACUUUGCGCGCUUUCGUCCUCCUGAACUGAACGGAUCCGUAAAGGGGACUUCGCAUUUGGACAUUUUAAUUUUCUUUUAACCUUAUUAUAAAUGGGAUUUAACGCGGCGCGUCUAGGGAAACGACUCCGGCUCCGGGCUCGCGCGGGGAAGCAUCAGUCAGAGAGACAGCGCUUGUUAUCAUGCGCGAGGGAGGCAACUGACGGCGCCGAAACGCAGUGAACCGGACAUGUGAAGAAUACGCCGAUAUCGGCCCGAGGUGAACAUUUUGGGAAUUCGAGCACGAGAGGAAAUGCGCACAGCCUGGCUUCUCCUGAUUCUAAUUGAAGAAGGAUUUGCACUGACACAGAAAGCAAAAGUUUCCUCAGGUUUGCAUAAUGUGGGGCAGACGAGAGGGAGUACUGGGCAGUGUGGCACCUGGGUGCAGAACGCCAAUGGAGGAUUCUUCACCUCCCCCAACUACCCCAACUCCUACCCCCCCAACAAGGAAUGCAUCUACAUUCUGGAAGCCCUGCCACGGCAGAGAAUUGAGCUGGUCUUCAAUGAGACCUACUACAUUGAGCCUUCCUUCGAAUGCCGCUUUGACCACAUUGAGGUGCGGGACGGCCCCUUCGGCUUCUCGCCCCUCAUCAACCGCUUCUGUGGGCCGACCAGCCCAGGCGUGGUCACGUCCACGGGCCGCUUCAUGUGGGUCAAGUUCACCAGCGAUGAGGAGCUGGAGGGCCUGGGCUUCCGGGUCAAAUACAUCUUUACCGCAGAUCCCGACUUCAAACUUAAAACAGGAGGAAUUUUAAAUCCAAUUCCAGACUGUCAGUUUGAAAUUGGAGGCUCUGAUGGCAUUAUUCACUCCAGUCAGGUGGAAGAGGAAGCCAAGAUUAAGUUUGGCGAUGCAGUCGACUGCAUCUGGACUGUACGUGCCCCACCAGGGUCCAAGAUUUAUCUGCGCUUCCUGGACUACCAGAUGGAGCACUCAAAUGAGUGCAAGAAGAACUUCGUGGCCGUGUACGACGGCAGCAGUGCCAUUGAGAACCUGAAGGCCAAGUUUUGCAGCACCGUUGCCAACGACAUCAUGCUGGAUAGUGGAGUCGGCGUGGUCCGCAUGUGGGCCGACGAGAACAGCAGGCUCAGCCGCUUCCGCAUGCUCUUCACUUCAUUCGUUGAACCACCAUGUUCAGGCAACACCUUCUUCUGCCACAGCAACAUGUGCAUCAACAACUCCCUCGUCUGCAAUGGGAUUCAGAACUGUGUGUAUCCUUGGGAUGAGAACCAGUGCAGAGAGAAGAAAUCCAGCAGUUUAUUUCACCUGAUCACCAAGAGACACAGGACAGUUAUCGGCGUGUCUGCCGGCGUGGUCCUGGUGCUGUUUGUCAUCUCAGUCCUGGUCCAGAUGAAGCAGCCAAGGAAGAAGGUUCUAACCCGCAAGGCCGUGUUCAAUAAGGGGGGCUUCCAGGAGGUCUUUGACCCACCGCACUAUGACCUCUUCUCCUUGCGGGACAAGGAGAUAUCCUCGGACCUGGCAGAGCUUGCGGACUUGUCGGAGGAGCUGGAGGGCUAUCACAAGCUGCGGCGCUCUUCCACGGCCUCCCGCUGCAUCCACGAGCAUCACUGCGGCUCACAGGCCUCCGCUGUCAAGCCGAGCCGGGCCACCCUCAGCUCCAUGGAGCUGCUGUACCGUAACGACUUCUCUCAGCCGCAGCCUAUGAAAACCUUCAACACCUACAAGAAGAGCUGCUACGGCUACAAGCAGGCACACGACUGUGCCGAGAAGGUCAUCGAGGACCGUGUCAUGGAGGAGAUCCCCUGUGAGAUUUACAUGCGAGGCAGCAACAGCAAUGCUGCCGCCAGUCAGCGUUCCAUCUCAAUGGACUUCUGAGGAGACGAG